UCACCCAUCAAUGACUCUCAUCAUCUGACGGCUCAAAAAUCCCACCGAUCCUCUACAUCAUAUAAUCCGACUGUCGCCAAUCAAUCGUUCUAAUCUUCAAAAUUGUUCCGAAAAAAUCCUAAUUCACAUAAUAUAAAUAAAACCCACCAAUAAAAUCGGCCUCUCUUUGCCACUCUCUCACAAUUUUGUUUCUUGCUAUCAAGAUAUAUAUAUUUCUUUUAUUCUUAUUGUUUCAAUUUUUAUAGUGCUUUUUGUGGGCUUUGUGUUUCCAAGGAGAAUUCUCUAGAAAGAAAUGGCGAUUUCUUCUGUAUCAGCAUCAACAAUCCCUUCUUUGAAGACACCACCCUCUCAGUCCCAACUGGGUACCAAAUUAACUUCCUUAUCUUCUCUGCAGCUUCCAACUCAGCUCCAUCGUUUUCAAUUUGGGAACGGAUGGAUUUCUUCUCCUUCUAGGUCUAGAAUUUUGCCUCUGGUCGCAGCAAAGAAGCAAACAUUUGCCAACCUUGACGAGUUGCUGGAAAAUGCUGACAAACCAGUGUUGGUUGACUUUUAUGCAACUUGGUGUGGUCCUUGUCAACUUAUGACUCCAAUUCUCAAUGAAGUUAGUACUAUUUUGAAAGACACAAUCCAAGUGGUGAAAAUCGAUACUGAGAAGUACCCUAGCAUUGCCGAUAAGUACAGAAUAGAGGCAUUGCCUACUUUUAUCAUUUUUAAGGAUGGCAAACCUUAUGAUCGUUUUGAGGGUGCUUUGGCUAAAGAUCGUUUCAUUGAACGUAUCGAAAGUUCAUUGCAAGUGAAGCAAUAGUUACUGUGGUGUGAGCAAAGCAGUGAUUUGAAUUCUUCCCAGGAACAGAGGCCCAUUCUUCCCCUCCCAAAAUGCUGUAAUGACUCAUUAUAUACCCAGUAAAGAGUGACAAACACAAAUACUGAUGGCAAACUUCUUUUAACUGCUGGAAAUUUUGCUAAAUGGUUGUAUUUAUUUUAAAACAUUGAUAAGAGAAGUUCUACUUGCUUA